UGAAGGUGGUUCUGGAUGCAGACACAGCCCACUGUGACCUGGUCCUGUCUGAUGACCGCAAAAGUGUGAAACGAGAAGACACACGGCAGGACAUCCCUGACAUCCCUGAGAGAUUUAACCAAUGGUGCUGUGUGCUGGGCUGUGAAGGCUUCACCUCAGGGAGAUACUACUGGGAGACUCCCAAGCGGAUCCGGGUCUCUCUGGAUUAUGAAGAGGGACGGGUGGCAUUUUUCAGUGUUGAUGAGGAGAUUCCCAUCUUCAC